AUGACAAAAAUCAGAAAGGAAACAACUAAGAAAAUUAAAAUUGAGUGUUAUUACAAUGAGGCCACUGCUAGAAUAAAGAAAAGUGCUGAUGUUAUUGUUAAUAGAAUGUUGAUAGAAAUAGAAUCUGGAGGAAAUGUCCGCUUUGAAGAGGGUUCUCCUACAGAUAUCUGGUUUUCAUCAUGUCCUGAUUUGGUGCUGUCCAGAUUUUGUGCUAGUGAUUAUAAGGAUCACAAUGUAUCGGGAAUCAAAAUCCACAGGAUAAUAAGAAUACACAACAGGAUGUUACGGACAUGGUUUGACGAUAUCUUGUCUUCCAUUGUGGAUGAUCCUGAUGGAGAAUACUAUCCAUGUAACAGAAAUACAGGCUACAGAAAGUUGUUAGAAUAUUUAUUUUGGAUGCAGGACCCACAGUUAUCUAAUGGUGCUAAUGAACAAGGACAUUUGUUAGAGGAAGGUUUCCUAGAGGCUCAAACAUAUAGUGAUUUGGGAAGAGAUGGUGCUGUUUCUCUUAGUAAUAGUUUGAGUUUAGCAGAUAGACAUCGGAUAGAACAUUUAACCAAAAAUGGCAAGAAUUCAGAUUAUAGUGAUUCAUGUCCAUUUAGAUAUGGUCAGUUGGUUAUUUCUAAAGUUUAUCUUGGUAAAAGUGUCAAAGCUUUAGACGAUAGACAAAUAAGCAAAAGUUCAUAUCCCAAAAUAGAUGCUGUGUUCAAACCAAGGAAGAUGUGUAUUUCUAUCGAAGGUGAUACUCUAUGUGAAUGUAGCGCCAGACAAUGUGAGUGGUAUUUAUUUGACAACAGACUUGUACUGCCAGAAUAUGUGGUAGAGUUUGAAUAUGUCACAAAGAUAGAAAGACUUCGAGCCUUACUGCAAGAUCCUGAGGUAACAAAAAUAAACUUUGCCAGUUUUGAUGAUUUGCCUCUACCUUUAGAUCCUAAUAUUAAAGUGAAUGGUAUCUGUGUUGAAAAGGCUACGCUGUUAAAGUGGAGAGGGUUGGAGGCUGAACGUUAUCAGACAGCAUUAGAUCAGAGAGCUAAUGCUCUCAACAGCAGAAAGAAAUUAGAAAAUGACAUUAAGGAUCUUCGACAACAAGCAGAGUUAGCUGUUUUUGUAAAGGAAGAUGCUGUCAUUCAGUUUAAACAUGUACAGGUUCAGAUGAAUGACAAUCAAACAGAACUUGAUGAAAUGCAAGCCUCCAUGAAGGAUAUAGAAAGGAAACUUGAGAAUUAUAAAGCUGAUGUACUGAAAUUACAAGAAGAUUUGCCUGCUUCUGACAGAAGAAAUCCUGAAGCUGAAAGAGAUGAGCUAUAUAUAUUUACACUGUUUACAAGUUUGAGUUUUGGUGGGGUUAUUUUAAUGCUUAAAUUUAAAACAAUGCAAAAUUUGUAGUUUCCGUUCUCUAAC